AUGAAACCCACGGAACGCUACGCUUAUUCUCGCAAUGGUGAUCAAGGCCGCGUGGAUGAAAAGUGUCUUGUUCGCGUACAGGUCCCGACCGUUGACUCGUCCAUUGAUGGCAAAGUACGUUACCACGUGCGUGUGACGAAUGUCCGUUCUGGCUUAGUCUGGGAAGUCGCACGUCGCUUUUCCGAGUUUCUCAAGCUACGGAACGAAUUGAUUGAAUUCUUUGCCAAUACGGACAAGAAAUGUCCGGGAUGCCGUAACUAUGAAAAAGUGCUCAAGUUGUUUGAAUUUCCACGCAAACACGUCUUUACGAGCGUCACACCGGUGGUUAUUAACUAUCGAAAGAAAGCACUGCGUAGUUUUGUUGCCUUGUUAGCCUCUCACACUUUUACCACGACACCCAAGUGUCCAACAUGCUGUGGCUUUCCGUUUACGGGUGUCCGUGAUUGGUUGACAACGGAUAUGGUUGCAGGAGCUGGUGUGGCAAGCAGUGUUCCUGGUGAAUCACCCAGUAACGAGUCGAUUCGGGAUACGAUGAACGUCAAGGACUUUACCAAGUAUCAUCCAGUAACGAAUUCGAUGUCAGUUGAUCAGGAAGGACGCUUUGUCGGCAGUACGUCACUGCAGUAUGCAUCUUCUGUUGCUAGUACGACGACGGAAAGAGAAUACAAGCGAGAGAUUCGAAGUCCUCCACGUUUCCAGGCAAAACAACUGACGCCCAAGGAAGACCCAUUGCAGCCUCAAGGGCGUAACACAUACAGCGACAGUGGUUCGUCGAUUGAUUCCGUCAACGACUCGCUGUCUCCCCCUUCGGUGAUACCGACACCAGGAUCUGCGAGGAAGGAAAAUGACAUUGAAGGAGAGGAUGAUGAGCAAGAAUUUGAGUCUUUCGUGGCUUCCUCUGGUGCUUCUUCGACUGCGUCAGGGAACCGAAAACAUGUGGACCAGCCCGCUUGUGAACCUUUGGCUAUCGAGGACGAUUCGAUUGGUGGUCAGGAGUCGGCGAAAACGCAGCACUUUAAGUUUGCACGUAGCUCGAUUGGAACUGACAGCGAACGAGUGGGUGUUAAAUCACGCGAGAGUAGCUUGAUUGAGAUUGACGGUAGCGACGACGAUGUGGACGAAGAAGGUCUGAACAUGGAUUUUAUGAGCUCAGUGAGAGUGGCAUCAAACUCCGCCAAGUAG